AUGGGCUUUCACGUCUACGAAUUAGCGCAAGCGCACCAGAUGGCCGACUUGAAUCAGGAGCUGACAGCGACUACCGAAGAGAUUCAAGCACUGGUUCUUCUACAUUCCCAGUUCCUCUGGCACGGGUCUCAACAACAACGCCAGCAAGUGCGAGACGAGGUUCGGGGGGUGGCCAGCGUUACACGUUGCGCAGCACUGUUCCAACCUCUUUCUUCUGACAACCCGAACGCGAGCGCGUUGCAUCAGCCAGGACCAGUCACAGGCGCCGAGGUCGACUCAUGGAACUGGAAAGCUUGGAUCGAGAACGAAAAACGAACUCGAUUGGCAGCAUACAUCUACCUCAUUGAUGCCUCUUCCACCAUAUUCUUCAACACCCAGCCCAGAUUUGACGCCAAAAGUAUUACAGUGCCUUUGCCUGCAGAUGACGCAGCUUGGGAAGCGAAGACUUCAGAAGAAUGCGCCAGUGCUUUGGGUCUAAGAGGAUCAUCGGCGCAAAUGAGCAACGAAUCAGGGAGCAGACGCGCAAAGCAACUAGCAAUGCGCGAGGCAUUAUGUGUACUCAAUGGAGCCUGCCCGGGUCAAUUUCCUGAGCGGGCUACUAAUGUCUUUGGAAAGUUCAUACUCAUUCACGCGAUUCAUGCCCAAAUCUACAACAUUCAGCAUCAGCUGCUUCAGCGAGUGUGUUCAAGCGGUACAAGCACGCCUCAAUCUCAAGGCGACAGUCCAGCCACACCACCCAAUGGGGUCAACGAACAAGUUCAAAACAACCUUCGUUCGACGGUCGGUGCGCUCCAGCUAUGGAAGACGUGCUGGGACAAGGAUCUCGCCACUCAGUUUCCACAGAACCAGCGUCGCCGUGGAUUCUGCCGAGACGGAAUCCACUUCUACUUCCUAGCUCAGGCUUUCCUGCGGCAGUCUCGGCCAGAGGACUGGGCUGCACCUCCCGAUGUUCGCUGCCGACAUGUAUUCAAUCUUCUGAAACAGAUCAGGCAUUAUAUUGCAUCAGACUCCGCGCAGAAAGGCAUCGAGAUCGGUGACAUGGUUGCUAUCGCCGACGACUACGCUAUUGCCGACUUGACGCUUAACAUGAAACGUCUUUUCACGCCCCUCGACGAGCUCUGA